GAAAGCGCAAAAUCUCGCGCAGCGCUCGAACAGUCGUCCACGAAAUUCGCCCCAACGAGGCAGCUGCUGAGCUCCAAAUGAUAGAGACGAGCCAAACACAGUCGUGUAGUGUGUAGUGAAGAGAAGCCAAGCGAAGAGCCGAGAGGAAAACACAAGCAGCAAGCAAAAAAAAAAAAAAAAUAGAAAAAUACAGAAAAAUAGCAGGAAAAAGUCUGCUAAACGACUAGAGAAUUAGCCAACAAUAUACGGUGUGUGCAUUAUAUUUAUUUAUAACAAAUUCCGUUUAGCGCGAAGCAUUAAAAGGUGAACAAAUACCAAAGAUUUUUACAGUUACUAACAAGCUAACAUACAAAUUUAAGGCAAAUUCCUAACGAAAAGAAAAAGAAACGAGAAACGUCGAAGAAGCAUAUGCAAUGCUAAAUAAAAAGCAACUACUAAUCCAAAAGCGAAUGCUGUGCCAAGUGUACAAAUACUAAUCGGUUACUUCCUCCUCCUAUACGCAACGACGCACAACCAACACACGCACACGCACCCAUACACACACACACUCGUCGCACAAUCUCACACAUUCGCACCUACUCCCGCACACCCACUGAUUGAUGAUGACAACACAGCAGCAACUAGAGGCAGCGGCAGCAGCAGCAGCGUCGACCGAGUCGGCGGCAGCAGCAGCAGCAGCGGUGGACAACAGCAACACAGCCAUGACAGCAGCAGCAACAACGACCACAACAAAAUCGGGUGGCAACACGACGAAGCAAAGCAAGCAUAGGUCGAGGUCAUCCGCGCGGUACGAUGACGUGGAAAGGCAGCAGCGCAAGAGUCGGGCCAUCGUCUCCAUACCGAACACCAUCAAGCUGAGCAUGCUGAACAGCGGCUUGUUGUCCUUUGAGCGCAUCAAGCUGGAGGCGCGAGACGAGAACAACUCGCUGUCGAAGACCAUACCGAACGGGCCCAUCGAUGUGCGGCAUUUUCUGAAGCUGUGCGAUCUGCGACGCAAAUUUCCCGUGCUUUAUAAGCUGGAAUUUCAAACGGCCGCCAAGGUGGAGACGAACACCUGUCGGCAUGCGCUCAAGAAGAAUAAUCUGGAGAAAAAUCAGAAUCCCAAGUGCAUUCCAUAUGACUACAAUCGUGUUGUGCUGCAAAAGCUGCCGGGUGUGCCCGACUCGGACUAUGUGAAUGCCUCCUAUAUUGACAGUCUGCUCAAGCCGAACGCCUACAUUGUCACCCAGGGUCCCGUCGAGGAGACGGUGAAUGCCUAUUGGCGCAUGGUGUGGCAGGAGAACAUCAGCGCCAUUGUCAUGCUGACCAAGACCUUUGACUUUGCCAAGGUCAUGUGCGUGCAGUACUGGCCGCCCAACAUGGAGGUGCACGAAACCUACGGCGAUAUACACAUCAAUAUUGUGAGAGAGGAGCAGCUGGCCAACUUUCACAUACGCACCUUUCGCCUCUACAAGAAGAACGAACAGGGCGAGGUCACGGAUGAGCGGCUGAUACUGCAGUUCCAUUAUACGGAAUGGUAUUCCCAUUCCUGCCCCUUCUCCAAUGCCCUGCUCGAGUUCAGGCGCCGAGUGCGUCUCGUUGUGGGCAACAUCAUCAAGGAUGGCGACGACGUGGAGAUGCGUGGCCCCAUUUUGGUGCACUGCAGCGAUGGUGGUGGUCGCUCCGGCGUCUACAUGUCCAUCGAUGCCAACUUGGAGCUGGCCGAGGAGGAGGAAUGCUUCAAUGUCUUUGGCUACCUCAAGAAGCUGCGGCAAUCGCGCAAGGGUCUCGUCGAGAAUGUGGAGCAGUACAAGUUCAUCUAUGACACGCUGGAGGAACACAUCAUAUGCGGCAAGACCUGGUUUCCCGUCUCCGAGCUGUCCGAUCGGCUCAAGGCCAAGGCACGUCGCAAUUCCAGCACCAAGAUGAACGAGUACCAGGCCGAAUACGAUCAGAUCUGCAAGCAGACGCCACGAUUUACGAUCGGCGACUGUGCAGGCGGGCAUCGAGCGGAUAAUCGGGAGAAGAAUCGCGAUGUACUCUGCGUACCGCCGGACAACUUUCGUCCGUAUCUGACCAGUUUCCAGGGCAACGCCUUCACGGACUACAUCAACUCGGUCUUUGUGGACGGCUAUACCAAACCGCGCGAAUACAUUGUCACCGAGUGGCCCAUGAAGCAUACGCUGGGCGAGUUCUGGUCUCUGGUCUACGAUCAUGAGUGCUCUGCCGUGGUGGUGCUGUGUCAGCCGCCCUCGCAGUCCCAGCAGUAUCCCUCGUUCUGGCCCAACAAAUCCAAAAUGGAGAAAUACGGCCCGGUUUUCACCGUGCACUACGUGAUGUCCAAGAGCUAUACGAACAUCAAGCAGUGGGAGUUCAAGAUCAACAAGAAGAUCGUCUCGCUGACCGAAAUGAUGGCGGGCGUCAAGGCGCCAACACGUACCGUCCAGCUGUUUCAGCUAACCUGCUGGCCCAUGGGCCACAAGGUGCCGAGCUCAACCAAUUCGCUGGUCUAUCUAAUGAAUAUGGUCGAGAUCUGGCGCAAUAAAGUCGACUACGGACCCGUCUGUGUUGUCUCGCCCGAUGGUCGCAGCCGUGCCGGGGUUUACUGUGCGGCCAAUGCGUGCAUCGAGCAGGUCAUACAGCACGGUGAGGUCGAUGUCUUUCAGGCCGUCAAGACCGUGCGGCGACACCGUCCACAGCUGGUCGAGAAUAUGACCGAAUAUAAGUACUGCUACGAUCUGGUGCUACACUAUGUCCUGCACUUUCUCAACAAGAAAGAUUGAGCGGUACUUUUUACAAGUUUCUUUCUUUUUUAACAGUUCGAUGCCCGAUUCUCAGGGGGGUUACAGAUGUGCUAGUAAUUCCUUUUCAAGCUCGAGCUACUUUUUCGGGAUUCGAAUCGACUCAAGAAGAUUGACGACAGUUUUGAGGGAUGAGAAACUAGCUCAACUGAACAAAUCGAACUGCAUUAAAAUUUUUAAGGGUUCGAACUCUGCUCCUCAGUUUGAGCUGUGCUGGAUUUUAUUUCUGAAGUUUAACUUCAUUGUGGGAUCUUUUCGGAUUGAGCGCAACUUAUACGUUUUUUUUAAAGGAGUCGAACCUCACUUCUUCACUAAGUGUAGCGCCAUCUGAACAUUUUAGAUUGGGCUGUACUCAAACCUAUUUUAGGGACUCGAAUCCGAAUUCAAGUCUCACAAUUAACUGUAUGUCCAAGUGGUCCACAUUUGAUGCCUAUUACAUUUAACGUAUGAAUGUUGUAUUUCUAUAAAGCUGUAUAGAGCUAUAGGAAUCGGGGCUAGAGUCGGCUUGGCACAGGCUGGAAGCAAUAAUACUGAGUAUUUUUGUUGUGCACAACACAAUAUUUGGUUUGUGUUUUUAUUGUCACAGGAAAUGAAA